AUGUCAUUCUUUGUCAAAGCAAAUCCGCGACAUUUUUGGAUUGUAGGGGCAAUAAUACUAGUGAUUAUAAUCACAAUUUUGUUGAGGAGGUGGGCUGUUUAUGUUGAAGCAAACAAAGCUGAAAAAUCUGGAGAUGAUACGGAGAAAAAUCUGAAAAUUGAUCAUGAUCACAAGCCUUCAACAGAGAUAUCCAGGAGUCCAUCAAGUGCUAGUGAUUGUAGCAGCAAUUGUUGUUCGAUAAGGACGUAUGCUUUGGAAGAAUUGAAAGUUGCAACUAAGGAAUUCAAGGUUCAGAUUGGUGUUGGUGCAACUUCAAUUGUGUAUCUUGCUGAAUUUCAGGAUGGAGGAUUUGGUGCUGUGAAACGUGUGCUGGAAGAGAAAGGAGGAAGCCAGAAAAUAUUCCUUGAUGAAGUGUCUGUUUUGCUUAGGAUUUCUCAUCCAAAUUUGGUAUGCUUGAUGGGAUUCUGCUUGGAGAAAGGAGAACAACUUCUUCUUUUAGAGUAUGUUCCAAACAAGAGCCUCUUUGAUCGAAUGCACACGUACCAAGGCCAAUGCUCGGGGAUUCUUUCAUGGUCUAACCGCUUGAACAUUGCUCUAGACAUCGCUCGUGCUUUGGAUUAUCUCCAUUGUGUAGCAGAUCCUCCGGUCAUCCACAGAGACGUAAAAUCAUCCAACAUAUUGUUAAUCGACGAUGAUCACGCGAAACUGGCAGAUUUUGGGCUAUGCAAGCUAGGUAGCGACGCGCAAAGCGCGUACACGCCUACUGCAAUAAAGGGUUCGCUAGGUUACGUUGACACAUAUUACCUUAAUACAGGGAUAGUGUCACCAAAGUGUGAUGUUUAUAGCUUUGGAGUUCUGCUUCUUGAGCUCAUCACUGGGCUCAAGUCAGUACAAGGCUCGACCACGCUUGCAGAAUGGACUGAGGACUGCAGGAGGACUGAGAAUUUGGAUGAUUUGAUAGGACUUUUGGAUCCGAAACUCAGGGGUGAUAUGAAUCAAGAGCAACUAAGGGUGUUGUUUGAUGUGGCCAACCAAGCUUUGCUUCAGAAUUUUGAAGCAAGACCUGACAUGGCUCAAAUUGUUUAUAGAAUUUCAAGUUGCAUGGAACCUCAAUCUCAGCCAGAGUUGCCAGUAUGA